AUGGCGCACGACGUCGAGGCAGCGACGCCUCUGCUGGGCGGGGACGAUGCCCGCACGCGGUCCCGCGGGUCCUCGCGACCCGUGGUGAUCGCGCUCGGGUCCCUCGCGUUCGCCGCGCUCAUCGGGCUGGGCGUGUACACCCACAGCGCGGGCCCUCUGCCCGGCCUGGACCUGCUGAAGGGCAAGGAGAGGCCCACGCCUGUGAUGUACGCGCUCAUGGGGGAGACCCAAGGUCUACCCCAGCAGCUCAGGUCGCUGCAGUGCUACGCCAAGAUGGCGAGAGAGACCGGCUCGGAGCUGGUGGUGGGUCCCGUUAAGACCAGGGCGGUGAACGGCGGCGAGGACGAGUACGUCUCCUUCGACGCGAUCGUCAAGCCCGAGCCCGGCACUUGGCGCGCGAUGACCAAGGAUGACCGCGCCGCGUUCCUCACCCACAACCUUGACCGCGGCUGCAUCACCGCGCUUCGCGAGCAGGACACCAUCGGAACCACGUUCGUCUCCCCCGGCGACGAGACGGUUCGCUCGGAUCCCUUCACCUCGGCGAAGGAUUACCAGUCGGUGGUUGACAGCAUCAAGGAGAGGGGCGGAAAGCCAUCGUGCGUGGCCUCCGCCGUGUACGCCGAGUGCGAGGAGCCGGGCACCGAGCUCGAUUUCCAGGCUUCGAAGCACAUAGAGCUUCUGUCCAGCGAGGUGCGCAAGUUUCUGUUCGGCGCCGCGGACAGGAACUUCCGGGUGGUCCACGCGAGGUCCAACGCGGCGACGAUGGGCAUGCCGGUUUUCAAGUCGUUCAACUCGAACCAGGCGUCCAUCAACAUCGACCCGUUCGUGCACAUGUGCCGCGAGGCCAAGGCGGGGCAAGGCCUUCCCACGUACGUCGCCACGGACGAUAUGAGCGCCAACACGCAGAUGAAGUUGCAGAGCUUCGGGUGCAAGACGAUCCACUCCAUCCUCGGGUCGCAGAAGCUGGAGGACUGGGAGAUGGCGGCGCUCGACCAGUUCAUGAUGGCUGACGCCACCGAGCACUACUCCAUGAGGUGCACCACUAUGGACAUCAUCGCCAGCUCGUCCAGGCGCAUUCGUCAGAAAAUGCCGUCGAAGUGGUACCUCGACAACGCGCGAAAGUUCCACGAGAUUGCGGACGGGUCCAACAUGAAGCAGUGCGAGGCGGGCGUCAAGGUUGCCGAGGAAAUUGAGGAGGCAAACCAGCCCAAGGGCGAGGGUAAGCAGUUCGCCCAGAAGGCGGAGGCGAAGGCUAGGGCGCGACAGGCGGCAGAAGAUCGUGCCGCGGUGGCCGCCGCGGGUAGGGGAGACGAUAUCGAGAUUCAGGGCCUGAACGACGCCGACGGCGGCGACGCAUUUGCCAUCGCCACGUUCCUGGCCAACGAGCAGGAAAAGGACGACCCCAUCGAGAAGUUCCUUCGUGAGGUUGGCCGAGGGACUGCGCAGGGGCGAUGAUCGCAAGAGUCUAAUAGUGGUAUUUCGCGCGUGUAAUUUGUUUCUAAGCUAGCCGUGA